AUGAAUCUUGAGAGCUACAAACACGUCGACGGCGUCUCUUUGCAUGGAUGGAGCCACGAAGACAUUAUACGCUCGGCACUUUCUUACAAGCCUCGCUCGGACGACAUUUUCAUAGCGACGUAUCCGAAGUCUGCCACAACGUGGAUGCAAUACGUCAUUCUCAGCAUUCUUGGCGAAGGCAGCGUGCAGAAAACAUUCGCAGACUAUAUGCUGACUUCGCCGUACUUGGAAUUCUGCGGUGAAGAGGGUGUCGAGAAGAUGCCCAGACCUGGUCUAAUCAAGACUCACCUGCCUUUUCACAAGGCACCGUACUCGCCGGAAGCCAAGUACGUUUGCGUCGCCAGGAACGUGUACGACGUUUGCGUAUCCUAUUACUACCACACGCGAGGCCUUACUCCCAUCAGCGUGAAGGAUGUCUCGUUUGCCACGUUCCACGAAAUGUUCACGACCGGCAAACUGUCCCACGGUGACUACUUCGACCACGUGCUAUCCUGGUACGAACGUCGCGACAACCUCAACGUACUGUUUUUCACGUACGAAGAUGUGAAAAAAGAUCACCAAUUGUUCCGCAGCAGUGAUCUCCCUUCAGAGAUCGUGCUGUGGCUUACCAGGCCAAGUCACGUGAAAAUAUUUAACAACUUUUGA